AUGGCGCAACGCACCGAAUUUGAUUCUGAGUCUGACAGCGACAUCAGUGAAGUGUGUGAGGUUUCCAAAAUUGUAAAGUCCAGAAACACAAGAAAUGGAGUUUUGUAUCUGAUAAGAUGGAAAGGUUAUGGGCCCAGUGAUGAUACAUGGGAGCCAGAGGAACAUUUGGUAGACUGUCAAGAUGUGUUAGAGGAGUACAAACUGAAACAAAGCAAUCUGAAGGUACUGCACCGGAAGAUCCCAGCGCCAAUAUCACCUGCCAGAAGAACUAAGUCUGUCACAAAGGUCCAGAAUAAAACAAGUGUAAGUAGAAACGCUAAGAAGAAGGUAUCAACUCUGUCUACAGCAGUUCCACAUACUACCUCAGAAAAUGUGCUUGCUAGUAAAAAGACAGCUGGCUAUACAAGUACAGCCACAGUUGUCAUUGCUGCGAAAUCAAACUCAAGCAGAAUGAGUGAACAGACUGAAGAUUGGGAUGUCACACCGCAUAUUCCACCUAUGUCUGUACUCAGACGACCACCUAUUAAGUCAUUUAACAACCGAAGUGCUGAAAAAACUGACAUAUUGACAGCCAGGAGAGUGUUGGACAUGCCGAAGAAUACAACGACGUCAUUCUUUAAGAGACAUGAAAGAACUUUUUUCCUGCUAUUUGCUACUUUGAUUUUAUCAUUGACCUUAUUUGCAAUAAACCAGAAGCAAAUAGAAAAUAUUUUUUAACUCAAUUGAAAAUAAUUUUUAUAUGAACCCAAUAUUACUUGACUGCCCAUAUUUGUAUUGAAUAUGGCUACCCACUAUGGCUGCCUUUAGUUGAUUAGUGUGGUAUGGUGUUUCGUUUGAGAAAUUCCAAUCAUCAAUGUCACUGUUUUUCAUUUCAAUUUAGGUUUCAAACCUUAUUGUUGUGAAUACAUGUGUGAUUAAAUUUACGUGGUUAAAAACUGUAUAUUACAUUAAAACUGCCAUUUUUAAACAUAUUUCUACCUCAGGUAUGAACUUUUACUGCUAGUUUUUCUGACAAACCACAGAAUACAACUUUCCUGCUUGAUUUCACUAUCUACAUUUUAUUUAUUUGUUUUUUAUUCAUUUCUUUUAAUAGAUUUUUAAUAAAUGAAUUCCCAUAUACAUAUUUGAAAUGAAAACAAAACU